AUGAACAUUCUACAAUCAACGCACGUAGAAUGCGAGCCCCUCAGAACGCUUCGCUAUCUUGAGUUGGUCAUAUCAAUUUUAAUCCUGGUCGGUCUCUUGAUCUCUUACCUACCGCAGCAUUAUCGAAUCAUCUCGCGAGGUACAGCUGAAGGGAUUUCGCCAUAUUUUGUGCUCCUGGGGACGACUUCGGCCACGUCGGGCUUUGCCAACAUCCUUACCGUGUCCCAGUCCCGUCAAGCUAUCGAGUGUUGCAAAGAGCUGGAAACCUUUCAGUGCGUUUCCGGAUUACUAGGAGUUGCUCAACUUGGCGUGCAAUGGGUCUGCUUCACCCUGAUUCUUGUUCUUUUCCUCAUCUUCUUCCGGUAUCAGGAUGCGAAUGUUCCGUCCGGAGAGCUUGGUGGGGAAUCGCCGAAAUGGCAGACCGCCGUUGGCGUUGGUCUCGCAUGCGCUGUACACGGUCUGAUGGUGGUGAUCCUGAGCGGCGUCUUUACUCUAGCGUUUCCAAACCAUCUGACUGCCUGGGCCAACUUCCUGGGGGUCAUGGCAGCAGCGCUGGCUGCCACGCAGUAUUUCCCGCAGAUUCUGAUGACGUAUCGUCUCAAACAUGUGGGAAGCCUGAGCAUUCCGAUGAUGUGCAUACAAACCCCGGGGGGCUUUUUAUUCGCUGCAAGUCUAUACGCAAGGCUCGGCCCCGAGGGAUGGAGCACAUGGGCAAUCUAUCUCCUGACAGCCGUGAUGCAGGGGUGCGUCCUGUUUCUUGGUGUGUACUACGAGCUUGCCGCUCGCCGGCAGGAACAGCAGCUGGCAGUGCAGAUCGCCGAUGGAUCUCGAGCCCCUUAUGAGUCGUUGGAGGGCUCGGCCGCGCCACGUCGUCCAUUUGCGCCAAGGACCUAUUCAGAAGGCUGGGAACGAGGUCUGCCCGGUCCCUUCACCGGCCAUCCGGAACGCUACGCCGAGACCGAGGAGGACCUCGACGACAUCAGGGAACGGGAGGAGAGGGCCAUUGCGAGAGAAAACCAGCCGCUGCUCCGGCCGGGAGGCAUUGGGAAUCCGAGGAAAAGCUAUCAAACAAACAAAAGAAGCUAG